CUUCUCAGCAUUGUUCACCAAAACAAUUGAGUAGGUGCCUUUCGGCAGGAUAUUUGGAUCACUUGCGUGCGUGAAUCGACCAGUGGCGGUGUUGUCAUCGCUGACUUUCCUCGACUCUCCUGUCCAAUCUUUUUGCCCCCCUCUUCUCUACAUAGCCUCCCUCCCAUCGCCCAGGCCGACCUAAAGCCGUCCAUUCCGUCGUCUCCAUGCUCUAGGACAACGAGCACGCGGGAGCCCACGUCUCCACCCCCACCGCCGGCCGCAUCUCAGAGAAUUUCGAGGAUGUCGACUCCUUCAAGGAAGAGGCUGAUGAGGGACUUCAAGCGGCUGAUGCAGGACCCUCCUGCGGGCAUAAGCGGGGCGCCGCAGGACAACAACAUAAUGCUGUGGAAUGCUGUGAUUUUUGGCCCUGACGAUAGCCCCUGGGACGGAGGUACGUUUAAGCUGACUCUCCAGUUUAAUGAAGAAUAUCCUAAUAAGCCACCAACAGUUCGGUUUAUUUCUCGGAUGUUUCACCCUAACAUUUAUGCUGAUGGAAGCAUAUGCUUAGAUAUCCUACAGAAUCAGUGGAGCCCAAUAUAUGAUGUAGCUGCUAUACUUACAUCUAUCCAGUCGCUGCUGUGUGAUCCUAACCCGAAUUCGCCUGCUAACUCAGAAGCUGCCCGCAUGUUCAGUGAGAACAAGCGAGAGUACAACCGCAAAGUGCGGGAGAUUGUUGAGCAGAGCUGGACGGCAGACUAAUAAGUUGAGCUCACCAUGUGUUAUCAUGCGGUUUCUGUACCAAAAUGUUUGUAACUAAAAUGACUGAACUCCGUCGUUACCACCUGAAACAGCAACUUGCUUUGUUGCAUCAUUUGGCUGGACGGUUGGAGAUUGCUCUGUCAUGGCCUGUGCCUAUACUGUCUGUAUCUGGAACACAAACAUUUUGUAACAUCUUGUGUGGGUUUGUAAUGUUGUAUCAUAUCGUAUUGAUUCUGAA